GCUCGGGGCCCAUUUCCCUGGGGCCCGGAUCCGGCCGCCCGCAGUGGUCUCCUGCCCUCUCGCGCCCCCUGGGUAUGAGGGGUGGGUUUGCGCCCCGGCGGUGGCGGCGUUGUGAUGGUGGGUGGCAGGAUCCCUGUGUGACGGGCAGCACCUUGGGUCCGACGGGAGCCAUGCGAGCAUCUCUUUGCUGUUAAAUAAUAGAGGGGAUGAUCGCCCGGAGCGUUUACACUGUAAUUAGGCUUGGCAGAAUUCGAUUUGUAGUUAUCGCUUCAGCAAUCGCUGGUUUAUUUAUACGCAUUUUUUUAUCAGUUGAGAUUGUCUCAAUUGCAGAAAAUUAUAGGUUUUUAAUCUUGUUUUAGAUUAUUUAAAUUUUCACAGUUGCAGGAAAUUAUGCUGGGGUCAGACAAACAAUGGCAUUAGAAGUUGAUUCAAAAAGUUAAAGCUUGGUAACCACUGAAACACAAAUUGUCAGCAUCACAUGUCAAAAUAUACAAAGUAAUGUUCUUAAAUCAAACUUAAGUUCUCAAGCAGCAUUUUUCAUAUGCUAUCUGUAAAGUUUGAUUGUUGAUGGAAAUUUGUUUCGUCAGUUUGUAUGUGUACAGUGAAAUCAGAGUGGAUUUUUACUUAGUAAAAAGAAAAACAUUGAUUUUUAUCCACCCUGAGUGGAAUCAAUGUUUACCAGUAAAAAUGUAAUCCUUCCAAGCCCAACCCCUAGCUUUUAAAUAGCACUUUUCAUUAGUAGAUCUUAAAACACUUUAUAAAGGUCAAUAUCUCCAUGUUACAGAUGGAGGAACUAAAUCAGAGUCAUUUACACAUGCACACACAGAGGCUAAACUGGAAUAGAAUCCAGGUAUCCUGAGUCCCAGUCCAGGGCCCUAUCCUCUAGGCUAUUCCCAUAAAGCUCCUUGUGCAGAGAUGCGAUUCCUGGAUAUGUCACUUUAUUCCAGAAUAAUUAGUAUGCUCAAAGUGCACCAACUAUUCUGGAAUAAUGUGUCCACACAGGAAGCUAUUCUGGUCAAUUUCCCCAUGUAGAGAAGUCAUAGUUCUUUGCUGUUAUGGUUGUAAAAAAAACCAUAACCUGGAUGUAACUAUACAGUGUACAAGAUAAAUAAUAAUGUGUGACUGAGUUUGUGGGGAGCCUGAUGUUUAUAGCUCUGAUGUGUCAAUUGCCCCACUUAUUUCAGUGGGUGCUAACUCAGAUACUAAUAACUAAUUAACUGUUGAAAUUUAAAAUAUCUCACUUUCCAGAACAUGUAAGAAUGAGGAGGAAAUAUGCUACUAUCAGAGCUGUCCCUUGGGUAGGGCGAAUCAGGACAACAGCUCCGGGCCCUGCGCUUUGGGGGGCCCCCUGCUAUUGGCCGGCGCAAUCGGUCCCAGAAGACAAGGUGCAGCAAAUUCCCAGUUCCGGCUGGAGCCCUGAGCCGCUAUGGCCAACAAUAGCUCCGCAGUAGGCACCAGCAACUGCCAGCAGCAGCAGGUGGCCCAGCACCAGGCCAGAUCCGUCCUGCCAUACAAGCUGCUGAUGCAGAGUGGGGCCCCCAAGCCUGCGGGGGCGGAUUUGCAGUGGUGCUAGAACAUUUUUAAUAGUGGCGGUGCUGAAAGCCAGCCGCCUUACCCCAUCCACCACCACCACCCCCCAGCUGAGGCAGGGAGCAGAGCCGCAGGCGCGUGGGGCUGGCAGCUGGGAUCCUGGGGGUGCUGCAGCACCCUAUGCACCCCUAGUUCCCACCCCUAUGCUGAUUUGUCCUGUGCCCUGCACCCCCCUAGGGAUGGCCCUGGCUACUGUGAUGAUAAACGCAACUUAGGUUAUGUCUGCACUUAAACAAGCCACAAAACUUCAUCCACCCACUCAUAUAAGGGACCACUAGCCUCUGGCUGAGUUACUGAAGUCCUCAAAUCACUGUUUAAAGACUUCAUGUUACAGAGAAUCCACCAUUUACACUAGUUUAAACCUGCAAGUGACCUAGGCUCCAGGCUACAGAGAAUGGCAGAAAAACCGUGGGAUUCUUUUUGCCUAUCUCACCCCGGGGGGAAAUUCCUUCCUGACCCCAAAUGUGGCGAUCAGUUAGACCCUGAGCAUGUAGGCAAGACCCAGCUAGACACCUGUGAAAGAAUGUUUGGUACCAAGUUUUACAGAAAAUCAUAGUGCUGAACUGAUGGAAGCUACUGGCUAAGCACGUGGAAUGGGAGUUUAUUGAAGUGCUAAACCAACUUUUGACAGCUGUAGUCUCUGUUUUCUUCAUUUCAGUUUAUUGAACUAGGUCAGUUCAACGAUGAGUUCAUUGAAAGUUAAGGAACCUUUUCUUUUCCAAUAUAUGAAUAAAAACAAGGUGGGAGGAUCAGAUCUAGUUCUAAAAUCUUGAAGGACAUAGUGACCAGAAACAAUCAGUUUAAGUCAUUAACUACAGAUAGUUCUUCCUUUAUUUAAUAAAUAAGUUUUCAAUGCAAAACAGUUUUGAUAAAAAAUUUUCUUGUGUCCUGAACAUUUACGGUAGUUUUAUUUAAUAAAAACAUGUAAAAUGCUGGUUUUGUGCAUUUUUAAUUGUAUUGAAUUUCCAUCCAAAUAGAACUUGACACAAUCACAAGUAAAAAUGUAUCAUCUAGUAAAUAAGAAAUGCAUCAUUCACCAUUUUCUGACAUAAUAAAUGUAAAAAUCAAGCUCUAUAAUUGCUUAAAUAAAUGCAUAUAGAUAUAGUGAAUCCUCCCGGUUAGCAAAAAGAAGUACCAAAUUUAAUGUGAAAGCUGUAUUUAGUUGCAAAUCAACAUGUUUUAAUGGUUACCAACCAUUGAGAAUCAACUUUCUUUAGGAAAAUAACUAAAGUACAAAUACAAAUAUGAUUUAAAAAUUUGUGAUCUAAAUCAAUCCAUUGUGGUAGGGCUCCGUGUGAGUGCAGGAAGGAGUAUGCUUGUGGUAAACCUGUUGCAGUAUUGGGACCACAUUGGUUAAAAUACUUGCAAGCAGAUCUGUGCUAGGAUUCCUGUCAUUGCUAAGCCUUACCUAUAAGAGCAAUGGUGGGAUACCUUAAUGCAAAAAAGCAGAAUCUUGUACAGAGAAGACCCUUGGCCUAAAUGAUUCUUCCCAUUAUCCACUUAAACUCUGCUGCCUUUUUAAAUCUCUUAUAGGGACGCACUUGUCUCUUAUAGCUGGCCUAGUCACAGACUUGAACUGAAAUAACUACAUUGGUUUUAAUUCACACCUUAAAUUAAAUUAAAUUUGAAAUGAGAGAGAUCAUGCAUAGACUGGCCCUGAAAUAACUAAAGGUGUGAAUUAUAAUAGAUGUAAUAGUUGAACAUCACUAACACCUGCAACUAAAUCCAAUCUCUUAACUUCUCUUCAGUGCCUAAUCCAGGGAAAAAGGUAAAUUACUUUUAACACUACUCAAAAUUACUUUGAAUUCCUUUUAACUACUAUUUGACUGACAUUUCUGUAGGCUACAACACGCUACAGUGCAUACACAGUUAUGCAAACCAGCCUGCCAGUGCUUCCAAAUUUAUUUAACUGACGUCCUAUUUUUCGUAAUAUUUUUUUAUCUUGAUUUAAAGCAGCCAGUCCUGGGUAUGUAUGUUUGCAUUCUUGCAGAUGUAAGUGCCACCAGUCUGUAUCCUCAGUAGUAUUAACGAAUGGCAUUUUGUGUGUGUGUGCGCUCAUGUGGGGCUAUUUUAUAGAAAAGCAGAAGAAUAUCUGCGACUGUCCCAGGUGAAGUGCACAGGAUUAUUGGCUCAGAUGACAGCAACAAGCAAUGCGGUGAUGUGCCUGGACCUAGCAGCUGGCUAUAUGCAACACCCAGUGGACAAAGUAGGACACAAUACGUGACAUGGUUCUUUGUUCGUCCUAACUCUUACCAACUCCCAUAAAACUUGUACAGUGUUUAGUGUACAUGAUGAGGCAGCAAGGAAAGACUAGUAAAUUCCCAUUUCCUCACAUUACAGACCAGUCUGCAACUGGGUCCUUCCAACAAUCCAGUACUAUUCCAGUUUUCAUCAGAGGUUAACAAUGGAGAAUUGAAGACUAGAGUCUCCAUUACAUUCUGUUGUGAAUUGACUUCUACUACCCCUGACUGAGGGUUCCUUAAGGGUGGUAAACCGUAAGCCGGUGUGCCCCUUUAUUGUGAGAAGUGAUGCAAGGGGGCUCUUAAAGCUACCAAAAGGAAGCAGUGGCUAUAUAUGAGUCCCUCUGCCCCCUGGAAGCCUGUAGAUGUCCAUUUGCAGGACUGCCAGGCAAGACAACUGUCUUUUUUUUUUCGGUGAUGGUGGGGACAAAAGACAUAGCUGAUUGUCCAUGUAAUCUUUUUUAGAUUCCUCCUCCAUACAUGGGAGAGGUUUCCAUUGCCUAGAUUCCCAUGAGUAGCACUGACCCUUCAUACAAAUGCUCAGUGAUCCUGGUAUCUUAGUUCUCUAAAUGGCAGUUAAAAGGGCCAAAUCAUUUUCCAAACUGCAGCACCGGUAUAAGUAUCUGAAAGUAACUCUGCAUUGAAACGUGUGUUGUUCCUUUGCCAUUGUGUAUUUUUUUCCUCUUCAUAGGGCAGCCUCACGUGGGUAACAGAUCUAACCAAACAAUGAGCAAACAACAACAAAGCUAUUUAAAACAAAAAUAGAAGAUGGAUUGUAUUCUAUUCUGUUUAGAUGGGUUAAGUACCAGAAGGGAAAUUCUGCUUACACAUGAAGUUUUGUUUUGUUUUUCAAAGAGCUACUUAGUUAAACUCUCCGGUUUGAACAAGAGGACUUACCAGAGCUGUAUGAAGUCUUUUGAGUGUUUGCUAGGUUUGAACUCUAAUCUGGGAAUCCGAGAUUUGGCUGUACAGUUCUGCUGCACGGAGGCAGUGAACACCGCUUCAAAAAUAUUACAAAGGUAUGAAUCCAGUCUCUCUGAAAUGCAGCAGAUGGAUCUUGAUUUAUCAAAACCCUUGUUCACAACAGCUGCAUUGUUCACAGCCUGCAGGUGCUUGAAACUAAAAGUGGAUAAGAAGAAAAUGGUGGAUACCUCUGGGGUGAAGAAGGCAAUAUUCGAUCGGCUCUGCAGCCAGCUGGAGACAAUUGGCCAGCAGAUCAGCAGAGACUGUGCUUCACUGACACCUCAGCCAACCCAAAGCCAAAAGACCUUGCUUGAAUGCAUUGAAAAGGAAGAAGAACAUGAGGAUGAAGUUGAGACCCCUCGCAAGCGGCAGAAAAGUGAAACCGAAGCAAAACAAGAUUAUGAAGAAUGGAAAAAGAGAAUCCUGGAAAAUGCUACUAAGGCAAAAGGGGCCAAUGUCUGACUUCAGUCUCUGGAGUGCCACCAAACACUGUCACUGCCUCUGGUUUAUAAUUUUAAAUCCCCCUUCACACUAGUGUAACUUGGUAGCAAGUGAAUUUAUGGAUGGUAACCAGCAAUUCUUAUUUAUUUGACUGGCAAGAUUUUAAAUUGUUAAGCAUGUCAUUUUACUAAGUGGGACCAGCAUUAUUAUGACACGCUAUUACUACACAGUUGGCCAAAGUUUGAAAAUUGACCCUAUGAUGCCUUCCCCUCGGACCAGUGCAGACCUCAGCUCUAGGACAUGGAUAGCCUUGCUACUUUUAAGCAACAAACAGGCCAAAUAAUGGUGCGGUAUUAAGUGAUCUCUGAGAAGGUUGCACACUCUUGUAUUCCACACUGAAGCUUAAGUCAUGGUUACUAAGCUGUAUGGAAAGGGUCCGUCCAUGAGGAAACAACUUGUGUCAUCGGCAAAACAAAACUGAGGAAUUGAGACUGUUAAAACUUUUUUAUAGCCAUAAUAUCUGAUUAAAUAAAUUUUCUACUGUGUAUGUGGGACCUAAAUGUUUUUAGAAAGCAAUAAAGAUUCUUUUUCUACGUCUGGA